CGGAGGGUGGACCCGGGCUGAGCAAACAAGUGAUCUCAUAGCAGCAACAGUCAAAGAGUGCGGCCGUGUUCGUGGAAGCUCGCCUCGGCAUGAGGGGCCCCCGUUGAAAGUUCAACCACUGGAAGCAUGUUUAGCGGGAAAGUGAGCAAGUCAGCGAAGGGGGAGCCUCACGCCUUCAAGGAGAAGACCUUCAAGAAGAGGCGUCAGUGCACUGUGUGUCACCAGAAUGUGGACAACCUCGGCUCCUUCUGCAGAGUCUGUAAGACAGCCACUCACAGGAAGUGCGAGAGCAAGGUAACCACAGCAUGUAUCCCAGCUCCUGCCAACGACCUGCAGCGUAGAGGGACAGCUCCGCCUCGAAAUGCCCAACACCUGGGCUCCACCAAGUCGUUGACCUACACCAAGCAGAGAAACACGCUGCCGAGGAGCUUCAGUGUGGAUCGCGUGAUGGAGCGAGUGAUGGAGCGCCACUAUGACUUUGACCUCACCUACAUCACCGAGAGGAUCAUCUCCGUCUUCUUCCCGCCCAAGCUGGAAGAACAGCGGUACCGCCUCAACCUCAAGGAGGUGGCCGCCAUGCUCAAGUCCAAGCAUCAAGACAAGUUUCUGCUCCUCAACCUCUCCGAAAGGCGCCAUGAUAUGAGCCGAUUGAAUCAAAAGGUUCACGACUUUGGCUGGCCCGACCUCCAUGCUCCGCCGCUGGACAAAAUCUGCGCCAUAUGCAAGGUCAUGGAGACGUGGCUGACCUCUGACCCCCAGCACGUGGUGGUCCUGCACUGCAAGGGUAACAAAGGCAAGACAGGAGUGAUCAUUGCAGCUUACAUGCACUACAGCAAGAUCUCAGCAGGGGCGGAUCAGGCUCUCAGUACUCUUGCCAUGAGGAAGUUCUGCGAAGACAAGGUGUCCACUUCCCUCCAGCCAUCCCAAAACAGGUAUAUCUAUUACUUUGGGGGUCUUCUGUCUGGAGCCAUCAAGAUGAACAGCAGCCCACUUUUCCUCCACCAAGUUCUCAUCCCGUCACUCCCCAACUUCCAAGGGGAAGGAGGUUACUACCCUUUCCUGAAGAUCUACCAGUCGAUGCAGUUGGUCUACACUUCAGGCAUAUAUGACCUUCACGGAAGCGGGGGAAGGCGACUGUGCGUGACCAUCGAACCAGCACUACUGCUUAAAGGUGACAUCAUGGUCAAAUGUUACCACAGACGAGCCCAAAGUGCUGACAGGGACAACGUGUUCAGGCUCCAGUUCCACACUUGCACUAUCCAUGGAUCCCAACUGUGGUUUGGCAAAGGGGAACUGGACGAAGCUUGCACAGAUGAACGUUUUCCAUUGGAUGCCACGGUGGAGUUUGUCUUUUCAACUGGACCUGAGAAGAUCAAAGGUCGUGAGUACCACAAAAAUGACCCGGCCGUCACGGUUGAUUACAACACUGCUGACCCUGUAGUUCGCUGGGAUUCCUACGAAAACUUCAACCAACGAUACCAGGACAGUCUUGAGGACAUUGCUCACACAAGAGGUCCUGUUGAUGGCAGCCUCUAUGCGCAAAUAAAGAAGCGCCGGGACCCAAGUUCUGGUUCUGUUUCUUCAACCAAUGGCAGCAGUCACGGGGCAGAGGAGAGACCCGAUCAAUUCCUCUCUCAUCACUCUGACUCGGCCCUUUCGGCACAUUCGAGCCCCUUUAACCAAUCAUCCAUCCAUCCUGACCACCGCGAAGAGACAUUACGUCCACCGACUAUUCCUCCUCUGUCUCACAGCCACCACCAUCCCCACCCUCACAACCCCAAGUCCUCCACCAGCCCACCCUAUCAUGAAGUCAUGCUAAUGGAGAGUCUACCGCCCCCUGGCUGCUCUUGCAGGGAUUGCAGCAUCAGGAGAGAAGAAGCAUCAGUCGCCUAUCACAGCCUCAGGCUUGAUCGGGGCAACGGCUAUCACUGGGACAGAGAGGCAGAACUUCAACAGACGGGGCUACGAAGAACCAGGGAGGCAGAAUUAGUCCGAGGGGGAUCGGAGAGCCAUUGGGAGAGGCGCGGCCGAGAGUUCUCUCUCCCUUGGGAGAGAGACAGAGAGGCGGAGCUCCAGUGGGAAAGGGAGAGAGAGGCGGAUUACUGGCACAAGAGGGACACCGUGGCUUCCUAUGGGCCGCAGGGCCACAAUCACCACGCCUUCACCUUUGACCCCUUGCCAUCAUGUCACCCUGGCUAUCCGGAGCCUUCACGGUCCCAUGCUCAUUCGCACCUCGACCUCAAGUACAGCAGCAGUAGCAGCGGCUACCAAACGCCCCGGCAGGCAUGCCCGUGCUCGCCUUACCAGCCGUCACCGUCUGAAAGCAGGGGCUAUGCCUCAGGGUACCAGUCCGAGUCCACUUCGCCUUUGCCACCCGCGUCCUCCAUGAUGGGACCCUGUAGCCAUAGCAGUGGUUCUGCUGAGCAUAAUCCCAGUCACCACCGUCACCAUCCGGACGCACAGCAGCCAUACAGCUCCGACUCACAUGCGGACGGUAUUCGUAACUCAGGUGAAAGUGUGGGCUGGAGGGACCACAUCACCAAUGGUUCUUUUAAAAGAGGCCACAGAGAAGGCCACGGCGCAUGCUCUACCCCAUCAGACAUGUCCGGACCAUCCACUCCCGUCCAUACAAGCAGUCCUCUGCGUACGCAGGAAAGUCCCAGUCCAGGAAGAGAGUACGGGAUCCGGAAAACAGUCAUCAGCAGUGACCACGAGGCAUCACAGCCCCAGGAUGGGCAGUACUCUUCUGGUAACGUCAUCCAGGUGGCCACGGAGACCCCAAGAAGCACCUCACCAAUGAAAAGCCAACCGUCAAACACAACCUCACUCACUCAAACAGACUCGCACAACCACUGCACUGCACCAACUGCUCCGCUCCCGGCAACAACCCCCCCACAGCAGCACUGUAACCAUGGCGGACAAUCAUCAACACAGAAUAGUCGUUCGGACUCUGUGAUGACAACCGUGUCUGUCCAGACCUCACCUGCACCGGCUCACCAUUCCCAACAUCCUACUUUGGAGACCCCUCAUCCGUCCGAGGCUGCCGCGGUGCCUUCCUCGUCGACUCAGGCAGUGUGUCACCCUCCAAGCCAAACCCAGGCCACCAACUCGGUAGCCAGUCACUUACCGCAGGUGAAUGGAUGUUCUUCUCCAACCAGGGGUUCCCUCCCUGAAGUCCCCAAAUCUCCCAGCGGCCCCAAUUCUACAAGUUCCCACGCAGCCCCCACACCUUCGUUGUCUUCAACCCAGGCCGCGUCCAGCAGCAUGGAAGGAUCUCCCGUUUCAGAGAGCCCUGUUCCUGGCUUUGCCACUUUGGGUAGGAAGUUGAUGAUGAGCGGCUCUGACCUCCACCAUCACAACCAGAUUCCCGUCCACCACGGACCCCCUCAACACCCCUACCCAAGAAUGGAACACAACCCGCCAAUAGACAUCAAUAAGAGACACUACUACUCUGCUCACCCCCCGCAGCUUCAUCAAAUAUCUGUCUCCAACUACUCCACUAUCUCCAUACCACUUCCUCACCCGCAGCCUCCUCUCCCGGAGAAACGGCAUCAUCAACCCGGCUCACCCGCCGAAGACGCGGAGGCUCCGAAACCAACCGUGAGCCACUCCAACAAUACUCAGCAUCAGCAUCAUGUCACCUUCUCGCCAACCGUGGGGGAAAUUGCACCCAGUGAGAACCAAAGUGAUGUUGGCUCUGAGGAGCCUGAGAAUGGAAACAGAGUCAGUGUCAAGUUUGUCCAGGACAGUUCGAGGUUCUGGUAUAAGCCAGGCAUCUCCAGAGAGCAAGCAAUCGUUGCUUUGAAGGAGAGAGAGCCUGGGACCUUCCUGAUCAGAGAUAGUAAUUCCUUCCAAGGUGCUUAUGGCCUGGCACUGAAGGUGGCCACACCUCCUCCUAAUGUCAACCAGCACAGCAGUAAAGGCGACCCUCUCGAACAUUUGGUGAGACACUUCCUCGUCGAAACAGGACCCCGAGGCGUAAAGAUUAAAGGCUGUCAGAAUGAGCCCUACUUUGGGAGUCUUACUGCAUUAGUCUAUCAACACUCCAUCACACCCAUCUCUUUGCCCUGCGCACUGAAGAUCCUCGAAAAAGAUCUGAUAGGAGAGGUGCCAGAGGUUCAGCCCGUUAGCAACAUCAGUACUGCUGCUGACCUGCUCAAACAAGGAGCUGCCUGUAACGUCCUCUACCUGAAUUCUGUGGAAACGGAGUCUCUGACUGGCCCACAGGCCAUUGCCAAAGCAACAGACGCCACACUGGGGAGCAGCCCGCGCCCCGCUGCCACCGUAGUCCAGUUCAAAGUGACGUCACAGGGCAUCACGUUGACCGACAGCCAGCGCAGGGUUUUCUUCCGCAGACAUUAUGCAGUGAACAGCGUAACCUUCAGUAGCCUUGACCCCAAGGACAGGAGGUGGACUAACUCAGACAACACCACUGUUAAAGUUUUCGGUUUCGUAGCCAAGAAGCCGGGCAGCUUGGCGGAGAACGUCUGCCACUUGUUUGCCGAGCUGGACCCGGAACAACCUGCCUGCGCCAUCGUCAACUUCAUCAACAAGGUCAUGUUGUCGCAGCGCCGGUGAACAGGAGCUGCUUUGUUUGUGAGCUUAAGUCCUAACGCCGUUGUUAGGAUUCGCCUGUUUGGGAGCUCAUCGGACUGGAGGCCACGCGACACGACACUUUCGACAAAAAAUGAAGUACACAGAAUGUUAUAACUCGAUUCCAAAGUGGAGGGACUGCGGACUGUGACAACAUUUGAUCUGGUCUGCCUUGCAACGCUUAAAAAAAAAAAAAAACGGGCUCAGAGGAACUGUUACAAAGAGACCAAAAUAUUUCAGCCGCAAAUGCUCCAAUAA